AUGGAUAAAUUUUUGACGAAGUUGAAUUCUUCUCAACCAAGUUCUAGUGUUAGAGGCGAUUCUUCUCAACCAAGUUCUGGCAUUGGAGGUAAUUUCUCUUAUCUUAUAGAUGUAUUCGAUUUGACAUCACUUAAAAAUGAUCCUGAAGAAAGAAUAUCCAUCUAUAAAUAUAGUUCUAGAAUACGGGUUCAAGUGAGAAGACAUUACAUUCACAAAGGGCCUUGCCGAUCGGUUCGUGAUUAUCAUUUCCCUAAGACUUUGUUUGGGAAGAAAAUGCACCAAUUUAGUGUGAAUUGGUUUGAAGGUUGUUAUUCUAGAUGGUUGGAGUACAGUGAGAAGAGAGAUGCUGCAUUUUAUUUGUGUUGCUACUUAUUCAAAGAUGACCAUGUUCAUGGAAGCAUGGGUGACUUUUUCACAAAAAUCGGUUUUAAAGCUAGGUAUAAAGGUUCACAAAGACUUUCUUUACAUGUUGGUGAAGUGAAUGACAUUCACAAUCGGUGUUUCAGUAAGAUGCAAGAUUUAUCAAAUCAAUCUCAACCAAUUCAAGUUGCUUUUAAAAAGCAACCCGAGAGAAAAAGCAUUGAGCACCGAAUUAGUUUAAAUUCCUCAAUCGAUGUGGUAAGGUUCCUCUUGGAUCAUGUAUUGUCUUUUUGA